UACUUACUCAGUGAUUGCUUAUCUGACGAUAAAAUUUCGCCUUUUGUGUUGUUUUGUAGUAUUUGGCAAUAGGUGUGUGUGUGUGUAUAUAUAAUGCAAUAAUGUACUGCGAAUAUUUUAACAUAUUACAAUAUAAAACAUUUUACUAGUCGAUUUCAAAAAUGUUUGCAUAGAUGUGUUGGUUAAUUUAAAAUCUGCUGGUUAUUGGCCGGCCAAUAGCCAUGCAAUUAUUAUGUCAAAAAUGCAUUGAUAUUAGACCUUAAAUAUUCUACAUCGGGUGUUAUCUAAGACAAAAAAAUCCUAUGCCCAAAAUGGCUAACAAACCGUGGAACGCUGCUACUUUUUCUGCUGAUGAAAUUGCAAUGAGCCGUUGCAAAUCGCCUGUUGGAUCGUCAGGAAGUAUUAGAGUAGUACGCCACGAACGGGGAGGUUCGGCUGAUACUGGUCUCAUAAGGGCAGAUAAUUUGUCCAGUUAUGCGUCAAGUGAAGAACCUAAUCCUACUGGUGCCAACGAAGAUGAUGGGGAUAUUUUCUAUAAUUCGUACGGCACAUAUAACGGUAGCGAAUUGGCAGAUGACGCAGACGGUACCAAGACUAGAGCUGCCAUGGACCAUGUCCGUUCCAAAAUUACACGUACAAAAGAUCUGAUACGUAGUGAACAAACUGCAAGAGAUGAUAAUGUAAAUGAAUAUUUAAAGUUAGCGUCAAAUGCAGAUAAACAACAGUUGGCACGUAUUAAAUCAAUUUUUGAAAAGAAAAAUCAGAAAUCUGCUGUUAGUAUAUCACAGCUGCAAAAAAAACUCGAAGGAUAUAACAAACGACUUAAAGACCUCGAAACACACGGGCUCACUACUUCACAUCACCUGAAACAACCCAAAGAAAUGCUGAGAGAUGUUGGACAUGGUUUAAGGCAUGUUGGAGGAAACAUAAGAGAUGGAAUUUCUGGCUUAUCUGGAUCUGUCAUGUCAAAACCACGAGAAUUUGCUCACCUUAUUCGUAACAAAUUUGGCAGUGCUGAUAAUAUCAAUUCGAUAUCAAAAUUUUAUUUAGGAUCCAGUGAAGUCGAUUUAACAGAAGACAGUAGUGACAAACAAAGCAGUCGUAACCACCACGGUAGUGCAACGUUACCUGGCGGUGUUGGCCUUCACACGUCAACUACUAAUGGCCCUGCUGCAUCUCGUAGUGAAGACGGUGCUUCGGAAUGCAGUUCUGUGACGAGCGAAUCAAUACCUCCACGAACUGGGCAAGCUCCACCGCCACCUACAUCUGUGACCACGUCUUUGGAACCAGUUUGGGCGGAAUUAGAUCAUUUACGAUCGAAAAUGGAACACAUAAAACAGUUGGUGUCCAAAGAUAUGGAUAAGAUAGCUUCCUUAAAUCAUUCCCUUCAAGAAGAACGCUUUCGAACCGAACGGUUAGAGGAGCAAAUCAACGACUUGACUGAAUUGCAUCAAAACGAAGUGGAAAAUCUCAAACAGACCAUCACAGAUAUGGAAGAAAAAGUGCAAUAUCAAAGCGAGGAAAGACUUCGCGACAUACACGAGAUGCUUGAAGCGUGUCAAACAAAAAUGUCGAAAAUGGAACAUCAACAGGCGCAACAUCAACAGUACGUCACUCUGGAGGGCUUAGACAAUUCUAACGCGCGAGCGUUGGUUGUAAAAUUGAUAAACGUUUUACUCACCGUACUCCAGGUGGUCUUACUUCUAGUAGCUACGUUUGCUGGCAUUCUAAUGCCGUUCCUCAGGACUCGUUUACGAAUAAUUACCACCACGGCCGUUGUAGCUGGAUUGUUUAUUGCUGUUAAACAGUGGCCGGAUAGCAUUAGUCUGAGUGAUUACCUCAUAAAGCAUGGCAAACAAGCCCUUCUAUCGGUGAAAUAGUUUUCUCUCGUAUCCACGAAUAAAACUUACCUACCUACACUUACACCACACAACAUUUUAUGUUGAUUAAUAGAUGGUAUUUCCAUUUAUGCCCAAAUUUACCAUGACAAUUUUGAUAAAAAAAAUAUAUAUAUCACGACAGAAUUAAGAAAAAAAUUAUAGUCAUAAAUUAUCCUUCAUUUACGUUUGAACGAUAUUUUUCAGAAAUAGACAAUAUAAUAUUUACCCUUUUUCUCUCACACUCUGUCAUGACUAUUAAUUUUUUUUUUUUUUUUAUUAAACUUAUAUUUUAUAUCAAUUCAACUGUCAUUUUUUACUAUAUUAUACCCAUAACGUGUAUUGUUUUAUUAUUUUUUUUUAUAUAUAUAAUUGGUAGGCAAUAUGUAGGGCUGUAUGGUGAACCACCAACGGUGAUAGCGAUUACAACGAAACGGUAGCACUUAACUAUUGUAAUUUGCAAUGAUUUUUAUUGUAUUUUUAUAUCCCAACAAUAUAUUUUUUAUUUAUUUUUAUAUUUUUAUUAAUUUUAAUUGUGCUUUGCUCUCCCUUUCCUCCCCACAAUAUGUUAUAGUUUAAGGAAUAAUGUGAUUUAUUAUAAAUUCUUACAUCAUUUUGUUAUUUUUGUAAAUAACUUUACGUAGUCAAUAUUUUAAACAUUAUAUAAUUUUUAGAAUAAAUGAUUGGCCUUUGCGGUUCACAUAUUGAACCAUUCUUUAUAGUUUAAUAAUAUUUUAUAGUAUUAUAAUUGAUAAGUAGUUAUUAAAGUAUGAUAUUAAGUAUGUGACAAUGAUAAUGUGUAAUAUGCUCUAGCUUAAUGUUUCUUACUUCUCUAUAUUCCAUCUAGUAGUUUUUUACAUUAUUAUUAUAUUUUUAAAUAAUAAUAUUGCACUAGUUGUGUGAGAUUUAAGUUAAUUGCCUUCGGUAACAUUACAAUUUGUCUUGAUACAUUUAUAAUCUUCAAUAAAAAUGUAAAUGAACGUGUGCAUUAUUCGUUAAACUAAAUGUACAACAAAGUAAAGUAUUAAUUAAACUAAUUCUAUUUUUUUGUAAGUUAUUCAUGCUUUUAAAAUUGUUUACGAAAUUAUUACAGUCGUUCAUUUUUGAUAAAUAUACAGCUCUGUGCAGAACGUAAAUAAAUAUUUUUGAUUUCAUGUAGUGAAUUAGUGCAAUACUCAUGAUAAUGUCUAUAAAAAUGUUCCUUUAAGGAUUUCUAAAUGUGAAUUGCAUUUAUAUACAAGUCAUAUCGCACACGAAAAGUUACCUUUAUUCUCAUUGUACAUUUGUUUUAUAUUAUUAUACUAAAGAGAUAAAAAUAUAUUUUAUUCCAUUUUCUUUUUACCAAAUUAACUAAUUUUCUCUUCACGGAAAAAAAAAAUAUAUCUAUGGUAUAUACAUAAGUACAUUGCAAUUCUAUUUGGCAUAUUUCGGUAGAAAGUAAAAUUCUCCGUCGGGAAGUUCCUGUUAAUUUAUUAUUUUUGUUUUUUUUUUUACUUGUUUUUUGUUUGUAUUGUCAUUUAAUUAACUUGAUAUGAUAUUUAUAUAAAUGUGAUAAAAAAAUAAUAAUAAAAAAUUCAAGGAUACUCAAUUGUUAAAUCAUUCGAUAGUUGUGAUGCGUUGUCAAUUUGCUGUCAGUAUAUCGUCAUGCGUUAAAAGUACUAGAAGUGACUUAAAGAAAUUUAAGCUUAGAAUAACAUUAAGAUUUUAAUACUAUAUUGUGUAAUAUAUAUUUAUAUUUGUCUGUGUGUCUAGAGAUAUAAUAAUUUAUAAUUGAUAAAUAUUAAAGAUUACCAUUUUAAAUAUGUA